GCGGAGAUGAGGAGUUCUCCAGAACUCGGGUGGCGGGGCGCUCCCGCCGCCUUCACCGGGCUCUGGCGCGGGGAAAUGGGGCUUUGGCAGUGGGGCGGGGCUUAAGGGUGGGGAGAGGCUGGGGAGCCUGGAGGCGGGGCUUGGGGAGCUCGCCCCACGCGGGGCGGGGCUCCAGCGGCAGCGGGAUCUGCAGUUCGGACUCCGCGCGCCACAGUCGCUGCAGUUCGCUCCACUCUAGUGGCCCCGCCGCCCUGCGGGGAUCCUGGGGGUCGGCGGGCUGCUUGGACUUGGCGCGGGGCCGGCCCGGCCUAUCCCUCCCUCGGUGGGGCCUCGACGGUCGGGGCACCGGGAACAUGGAGCCCUCUCCCGCCGCCGGGGGCUCGGAGACCACUCGCCUGGUGAGCCACCUGGACCGCGGUGGCGCCGGCGGCAGCCUGCGUUUGAAGAGUCUCUUCACAGAGCCAUCAGAGCCCCUUCCUGAGGAGUCCAAACCUGUGGAGAUGCCCUUCCACCACUGCCACAGGGACCCCCUGCCGCCGCCGGGUCUCACCCCAGAGAGGCUGCAUGCACGGAAGCAGCUGUAUGCUGCCUGUGCCGUGUGCUUUGUCUUCAUGGCUGGGGAGGUGGUCGGCGGGUAUCUGGCACACAGCCUGGCCAUCAUGACCGACGCAGCCCACUUGCUGGCAGAUGUGGGCAGCAUGAUGGGCAGCCUCUUCUCCCUCUGGCUUUCCACCCGUCCAGCCACCCGCACCAUGACCUUUGGCUGGCACCGUUCAGAGACUCUGGGGGCUUUGGCCUCUGUGGUCUCCCUCUGGAUGGUCACUGGCAUCCUCCUGUACCUGGCCUUCGUCCGCCUGCUGCACAGCGACUACCACAUCGAGGGGGGUGCCAUGCUGCUGACCGCCAGCAUCGCAGUCUGUGCCAACCUGUUAAUGGCCUUUGUGCUGCACCAGGCUGGGCCCCCCCACAGCCACGGGUCUAGGGGAGCAGAGUAUGCACCGCUGGAGGAGGGUCCUGAAGAGCCCCUGCCCCUGGGGAACACCAGCGUCCGGGCAGCAUUUGUGCACGUGUUGGGGGACCUCCUGCAGAGCUUUGGGGUACUGGCUGCCUCCAUCCUCAUCUACUUCAAGCCUCAGUACAAGGCAGCCGACCCCAUCAGCACCUUCCUCUUCUCCAUCUGUGCCCUUGGAUCCACGGCUCCCACCCUCCGAGAUGUUCUUCGAAUCCUCAUGGAAGGUACCCCCCGCAAUGUGGGGUUCGAACCUGUGCGGGAUACGCUGUUGUCGGUGCCAGGAGUCCGGGCUACCCAUGAGCUGCACCUGUGGGCCCUUACGCUCACUUACCACGUUGCCUCUGCACACCUGGCCAUCGACUCCACUGCUGACCCUGAAGCUGUCCUGGCUGAAGCCUCAUCCCGGCUCUACUCCCGGUUUGGAUUCUCCAGCUGCACCCUGCAGGUCGAGCAGUACCAGCCGGAGAUGGCCCAGUGCCUGCGCUGCCAGGAGCCCCCACAAGCCUGAGCCAUGGCCCUGCCCUCACCCCACUGCCAGGCCGAGGCUCAGCCCCGGACUCUCAGCAUCUGCUGCCCUGAUCACAGAGACGGGACCGAGCCAAGUCCAUACCCCUUCCUCUCUCCCUCCUUCCACCUGCCAGUUUCCCCAGCCUCAGCCCCAGCCCCAGCCCCAGUGGGCAAGACCAAAGUGUGGCGGAGAGUGGGUUGGGAGUCAGGGGGAUAGAUGUGACUAGUUCAGGGGCAGGGACUCCCGGGCCUCAGUGUGGCAGGGUGUGUCGAAGGCCUGUGGUGCCCUCUCCACAUGGUCUGGAGAGCACGAACAUCCUUUCCCUGCCGUCCAUUUGUCUGUGUGGCAGGCCGGCCGGCUGGCUGGCUGGGGGCAUCUGCCUGUCUAUGUGCUGUUCGUGUGCCUAUGCCUGGGGGAGGUCAGUAGGGGCCCCCUCCCCACAUGGCCCUCGCUCUGUCUAUGCAGGGGCCCCAAGCCCGCACUUUGUCCGUGUGUCUUAGCCCUGUGGUUUUGUCUGUGUGUGUGUGUGUGUGUGUGUGUGUGUCUGUUCUUGGUGCUGUGGCCUGUGUGUCUCUGUGCCUAUGUGGCUGUGCUAUGGUCUCUGUGAGUCUGCUCCAUCCUUGUGUCUGUUUGGGGGUCUGUCUCUCCAUCCCUCUGUUGGUGCUGUGCCCUUGGCUAUCCCUGAAAGAGGGAGGACUCCGCUGCAGCUCCACCAAUAAACUCGUGUCUCACUGCA